UGCCGGGCGGGUCCGCGGGCCCUGCGCGCCCAUCCCGGCCGGACAUGGCCGAGAGCGGCCCGGGGGCGGCCGCGCCGCGGGACGAGGCCGCGGAGGAGCCCGAGGGCGGCGGGCGGCGCUGGGGCGCUCAGCACGCCGGGGCCCGCGAGCUGGCCGAGCUCUACUCGCCAGGAAAGAGACUACAAGAAUGGAUCUCUGUCAUCUUGUGCUUCUCUCUGAUCUGCUUCAAUUUUUACAAUCUCCUCUUCUACUUGAGACUGGAGCACACACCCUCAGUUCUCGUUGGGAUUUUUGCAGGAGUUAUUACAGCUGACUUCCUCUCAGGAUUGUUCCACUGGGGAGCAGAUACCUGGGGAUCUGUGGAGCUGCCCAUCGUUGGAAAGGCUUUCAUCAGACCUUUUAGGGAACACCAUAUUGACCCCACAGCAAUCACCAGACACGAUUUCAUAGAGACCAAUGGAGACAACUGCUUCAUGACACUGGUCCCCUUGGCAAACAUGGCAUACAAAUUUGUUUCUUUUUCCCCAGAGGCGCUGUGUGAGACCUGUCCCUGGGAGUGUUACGUCUUUGCCCUCAUCAUCUUCAUCACCAUGACGAACCAGAUCCACAAGUGGUCCCACACGUACUUUGGCCUUCCUCGCUGGGUCGUCUUCCUCCAGGACUGGCACAUCAUCCUGCCCCGCAAGCACCACAGGAUCCACCACGUGUCCCCCCACGAGACCUACUUCUGCAUCACCACGGGUUGGCUGAAUUAUCCGUUAGAGAAGAUAAGAUUUUGGAGAUGUUUGGAGAACAUCAUCCAAGGACUUACUGGGGAGAAGCCGAGAGCGGAUGACAUGAAAUGGGCUCAGAAAAUCAAGUAACUUUUGCCAGCCUUCAGCAAUCCUUAACUUGUUGCCAAUGUUGUUUUUUUAAAAAAAAUAAAUAAAGCCAUCAGCCAAAUUCAAGACCUUCAAAGAAAUAACAGACUCUAAAGCACAAACUAAAAAGUGCUAACACAAACUGCAAUGAAAAGAACUAAUUCUUAAAACAAUACUUGAAAUGAAGAUGAUUACUCUCACUGAGCACCUUUUUGUGUAGCCAUGUCUGCUUACACCCUAGAACUCGCUUUGUCGCUGUAUCGUGAGGUACCGGGCACGCCAGAGGCAGCACAGCACUCCAGGGGGACGUGGGGGCGUAGGAAACGUGUGUUGUAUCAACAUUAUUGAACACUUCCAGAACAGCUUGUUGCCUAAGAACCUACAGGGAGCACGGUGACAAGUUUGUCACUUGGUGUUGGAGUGCAAGGGCACUGCGUGAGAGCCGUGGGGAGCAGUGGAAGCUAUAGAAUCAUGACUGUGCAGUGCCCUCAGUGAUUGAUCGACGUUCAGCUCCGUCUUCACUAUCAUGUUCAACCUUGUGUCACGUGGGACUGACUUGGAGAAUCCUGCUCCUCCAGGGGCCACCAAUCCUCAAGUGUCUUCAGUUUCCCUUAAAACAAAAUUGUUCUACUCUCCACGUGGAAUUGAGCAAACAGUUUCUGCAUAAGCCUUCGCCUUCAGGAGCCUCUGAGGAGGGGAAGGGCACCCUACAACACGUGUCUGUUUGUGUGGAGUGCUCACUGCUGAGUCUUCUAUUAAGUGUUUCCUACCCUGACAAUAAAUGUUUGAAAUAGUUCUAGCGUUGGGCACACUGCAAAUAGCUGUAUUCAAGAGCUCAAGGUAUCAAACUUGUAAUGUUAGAAGGGAAAUGUCAAUGACUGGUGUUUUGUUCUUUUUAUUUUUUUAAGGUGCUUGCUUGUUUCUGUAAAUAAUAUAAAGCCUUAAUCUCUUCUGGUGUAAUGGAAUAAUAUUUUAAUGUGAUGUUUGAAUGUAUAUAAUAUAUUUAUAACAAAGCAGUUGGAUAAUACUAAUCAUGUUCAAGUCUUGUUGCUGUUUAUCAUUGCUGCAGUGGCAGCACUUAGUGCAAGAGCUGGAUCAGCGCUUGCACAACACCACAUGCAGUCCCACACCUGAGACACCUGGCAGCCUGUCACAGCUUGUUUGGGUUGGAGGGAUCAUCUGCCAGGGUUCUAGGAGCCUGGCACUGUGUUAUACCAGACUUCUACACCUUUCCAGAAGUGUAAGUAAUUCAUUCUGCUCUGGAUGCAAAGGAGUAAUCUCUAAGCUGAAUUGGGGUGAAGAAGUUUCUCUAAAAUCGUCCAACAGGCACUUUAUCAAGUUAAUGUGAUUUGGAUCUUGCUUAAUUCUUGCCUGACUGAAAGCUCGCUGGUGGUCAGAUGUAAGGUAUGUUCCCUCCUGUAGUUGUAAAUUGGGUUAAAUUCAAACUGCCUCUUCCUGAAGAGCAGGGUAAGAUGGUUUUGAGUCAUAGGUUUAGACUGACCUCGAUCUCCACUUCUUCAGAUAUGGUGGAUGGAUUCUGAAUGGGUUGGGACCUGGCAACUCCUUCAGUGGGAAGUGCUGGAUGCAGGUGCCUCUGAGCUGGGUUCUGCAGAUUAAAAUCACGGUACCUUGGUCACAAAAUAUUUC